GACAGCGCCUCCUGCCCGGCCGGUGCCGGCCGCUGCUGCUGCGUCUGCUGCUGGCGGUGUCUCCCUCCCGAAGUACCGGAUGGUUUGUCGGUGAUAUAUCUGCGAGUGCUUCAGAUUUCUCCUACAAGAUGUGUUCCACAAAUCCAGCCAACUGGGUUACCUUUGAUGAUGAGCCACUCUUCCAGUCACCUCAGAAACUGGUUCAUAAUCAGAGCAGUUGUAAAGCAAAUGGACUGAAACUCAAUCUCUCUACUGUGCAUGAAUCUUCAAGUCGAUCAUCUUCUACAGGUAGCACUCCACUCUCAUCUCCUGUAGUCGACUUCUACCUGAGUCCUGGCCCACCCAGUAACUCUCCACUUACUACACCUACCAGAGAAUACCCAGGCAUCCAGAAGCACGGGAUUCAUGUCCUUUAUCCUAUUCCUGAAUGGCCACCAAAUGCUAACCCUCCAUCACCUGGGGUUUGCUCUUCCCUCGCCUUGCAGAAACCCAGCAGCCUUCUUUUGACUAAUGAUGGUUCAGUUAAGACUUCAUUCUCCAAAUCAGUAGAUGAAGGAAACACUGGUCUGCAAGGAAGCUGUGACAAGUCAGAAGAGUCAUCAGCAGCAGGACAGUUCCCAUACUUCCAGACCGACUGUGGUUUUUCCAGUCCCUUUUGGAAGGAAGGAUGCUCGCUCAGCACAUCACCAGCUAACAUUAAUGUGUACGGGAAGGAUAAAGUACUUGAUAAAGGCACUUGUCAUUCUAAAGAAAAAGAGAUUUGCCAUGAUCAGAAGAGCCUUAACCAGGGCUCCUUCAGCUACAUCUGUGAGAGGCUUGAACACCUGCAAACUGAUGGCUCUGAUGCUGUGGGAGCUCUGCCCGUCUCCGGUUCUCAUGAGUGGCACAAAGAUCCCCCAGCUGUUCCUCACAGCCUGUUCAGGAGCCGGAAAGCUGAUGGAUGGCCGUUCAUGCUGAGGAUUCCUGAAAAGAAGAAUAUGAUGUCAUCUCGGCAAUGGGGCCCUAUUUACCUUAGGGUCCUAGCUGGAGGAAUAUUACAGAUGUACUAUGAAAAAGGACUCGAAAAACCUUUCAAAGAAUUCCAGCUUCAGCCACACUGUAAGCUAUCUGAACCCAAAUUAGAGAGCUAUAAUGUUUCAGGAAAAAUUCACACCGUGAAGAUUGAGUGUGUAUCUUAUACAGAGAAAAGAAGGUAUCAUCCGAAGGUAGAAGUGAUCCAUGAGCCAGAGGUUGAGCAAAUGCUAAAGCUGGGAACCACAGAUUAUAAUGACUUCACUGAUUUCCUUGUAACAGUUGAGGAAGAGCUUAUGAAGCUUCCUACUACUUCUAAGCAAAGGAGAAAUUAUGAAGAGCAAGAAAUGACUCUGGAAAUAGUGGAUAACUUUUGGGGAAAAGUCACUAAAGGAGAAGGAAAGCUUGCAGAAAGUGCUGUUAUCACACAUGUUUAUUGUUUGUGUUUUGUGAAUGGAGGUACGGACUGCUUUCUAACUCUAAACGACCGGGAACUCCAGAAGAGGGAUGAGCGUUACUUUGAGAAGGAGGUGGAGAAGAAAUGGAUCAAUAUUCUUGAUUGCCAUUUCCACAACUGCGUCAAAAUGCAGGAAUUUGAGCAAUUGCGAAUUAUCAAGUUUACACCCCCUGAUGCCUGUAGGCUGGAGCUGAUGCGCUUCAGGACGCAGUAUCAUGGAGAAGACCUUCCAUUUUCUCUGAAGGCAAUGGUAGUAGUCCAGGGGGCAUAUGUAGAACUUCAGGCUUUUAUAAAUAUGUCUUCAACUGCUCUGAUCUCAACACGGUUGCCCUCUGUGAAAUGCUGUGAAAAUGUUAUGAUACACUUUCCAGUACCUGCACAGUGGGUCAAAGCACUUUGGACCAUGAACUUGCAAAGGCAGAAGUCCCUAAAAGCAAAAAUGAAUAGAAGAACGUGCCUUGGAUCUUUACAUGAGAUCGAAUCUGAUCCUGUAAUACAAGUCUCAGUUGGAACGGCAAAAUAUGAGAGUGCCUACAGGGCUGUUGUGUGGAAGAUAGACAGGCUUCCAGAUAAAAACUCAAGUGCAGAUCAUCCACACAGCCUGUCCUACAAACUGGAGCUAGGAUCAGAUCAGGAAAUACCUUCUGACUGGUAUCCAUUCGCCACUGUGCAGUUCGUCAUUCACGAUACCUGUGCCUCAGGGACAGAAGUGAAGUCACUGGGCGUCGAGAGUGAUGUGCAGCCCCAGAAGCACGUGAUUCAGAAAGCUUUUUAUCAUUGCCAGGUUGAAAUUGAAAAGAAGUGGAUUCGGCUUGAUGGAGAAGAUCCAGAUAAGGCUGGCAACUGCUUGAUGCAGUGAAAGAGAACAGCGGGCAUCACUGUAGGGUAUUUACACAGGAAAUUCUAUUGUUAGAAACAGUGCAAUGACCUACUUUCACAUAAAAGAAGUCGCUGAAUAUAUUUUUAAGUGCUUUUGGGUUUGAUUCUGCAAAUCAGCACUCAUUCUAUUGGCUUGUGUUCAAGUCAUGUUCCUGUCAUGGGAAAACUGAUGGACAAGGUCUGCUUAUAAAGGUUUGCAAGAUAUGAGCACUUAUUUGACUGAUCACAAUAUAUUUUUUUCCUGUUGCAUAUCUAUGACUUGGGAACAAUCUCAUAUUCCACAUUGCAACCUAACGGCACUACUCAAAGAGUUUGAGUCACUUGGAUAUAUAAUACUCAGCAAUAAAACCUGUCAGGGCUCUUACAUGCAGACCAGCAUCUGUGUGGAGUCCAGCAGGACCAAUUACAUUUUUUUAGUGAUGCUUGAAAUGCUCCAUCCUCCAUAUUUCUGUUCUCCACAAUUUAUGUGAGCAGAACAAAUUGUAAUAUUAUUCUCUAUGAGAGCUUCAACUAAUGAGUUAGAACCAGGGUGAUUUCACUGGUAAAAUGGGAAAGGUUCUCCUGCAGUAAUAUUCCUCAUUUUUCUGUGGCAGUGAGCGUUUCCUUCCCAGCACUUCUGUCUGUGUCAGCAUUAGACUUUUUUUUUCCCUCUGCUGCAGCAAGUGAGGGGGCAGAUCCUCAGCAAGCAUAAAUCAGCCCAGUUCCAUUUCAUUUGAUGAAGCUCUGAUAAUUUACACCAGCAGAGGGCUUUGCUCACAAAUUGAAAAAUUGGUGACUUGCUACCAAUUGCUCCUUUAGGAUGCAGGGUCCAGAUAUUGCUUUGGAAACUGCAGGAGCUUCUGCACUGCUGCUUGAAGGAGCCUCAAGACAGAGAACAUGUCUUCCCAUAUGUGGGAAGUGAGGUUUCAUCAUGCCACUGGCUGAAGGCCUUUCUGGAGGGAAACAGUGCAGGAAUAGACUAUUACAAGGGAAGUGAAGCUGUGUUGCUUCACCAAAUAGCUACUAACACUUUAUUAAUGUAUUAAUGUCCUAUCAUUGUAAUUUAGGAAGAGUUUCUCCACUUCCUUACAGCCAUUGUUCCUGCAGGCUGUAAUCCCCACUCCAAGAAAAGAAAUACAACAAAUUGAAAAAAUAUUCUUAGCAUGUUUUUAUUUUUUUCCUAAAGUAAUCCUUACUUGGAACAGACAUGUUUGGAGAACAAAAAUACAGUAAUGCACAAAGUUUCACUUUAUAUUUUUCUACAGUUUGUAACUGCUUAUGUGACGACUGUAAAAAUACAGAUAAAUGUCAUUCUGCCAAAGUAGAAAAAUGUGGGAUAUGCACUGAGGAAGUUACCAGUCGGAGGAAACAGAAGUAAUAUGAACGUAGUUCACCACGAUAAACUUUUCUCCCUGCUUGGAAGCUGAGAAUGAGAUGGGUAAUAGAUUCUGUAGUAAGUCCUGGGAGCAGGCUUUUAUGGGUAUUGCAUUGCCAAAGCCGCAAAAAGACUAUGAUGCUAUUUUGUCAUCUUUAUAUUAUCCCUUUUUAUUGGCAGCCAGCUCUUAUGUGGGUCUAGGAGAGGCGCAGCCAGGCUCCACCCCUUCCAGCAGCACAGCUGAAUUGCCUUCACCUGUGCUCCCAUGGCUGACUCUGAUAAUCACCUCAGGUGAUUAUCAGAGGUUCAGGCUGUGAUUCAGCAGCCCCAUACAUUUAUCCACAUGGCACAAUUGUGAAUUUCAGUCUAAGGCUUGCCAGACUGUGUUCGCUUUAGCAGCAAUGGGAUCAGGGACACAGGGAAUCCAUUCCACAAAGAUGGAAUGAAAGAAAGUUAGUGUUUCAUUCAUGGUUUUCACAACAAGUCUAAGGCUGAAAAAUUACCCUCUUCAGUCUCAAACAGGUGAUUGUAUGCCUUACUGUCAGAACACUUGAAAAAUACAAGGCAGUUCAAUGAAAGAAAGUUUGGGUUGACCUUAUUCUCCCCAUCAAAUUCUAACUCCCCUUUCUAUUGCAACAAUCUAAAGCAGAAACACUGGCUUCCCUUUUCUAAUAUUUCUUCUGCGUGCUCUGAUACCACUGAAUAUAACCAGUUGAACAAAUAUUCUCAGUGUUUAACACUUAAUGGCUAUCAUUUUCUAUGAAUGCUAUAGUAGCUGAUGGUAAGUAAACAUACUGGUCUUUAUUGUUUAGAAAUCUGGGCAGUAAAUUGUCUGACUGUAUUCCAGGGUGGGAAUAGUUGCUAUAACAUGUCGAGGUACUCGGUGUCCAGCUGGCAGAAGGACUUGGAGCUUUAAUAGCCCAUGAGGUACGCUGGCAUGGUGCAAGGAAGCAGGGUUUGUGUGUACGUGUAGCCUGCAGCUAGCACCUGCACUCACUGAAAUUCUUCCAACUGUUCUGCUCACUUCAGAUGCGUACACUUCACUAAAAUUUACUGCAGGGCAGUAUUUAGAUGUUACCUGUGUUUCCUUCCCAAAAGAGAAGCAGAGCUUGGCAUGUUUUGUAUUUUAAAUGGAAGUCAAUGAGAACAGCUAUUUUUAAAGCAUCUUCUUUAUUUACAAAGUAUUGCAUUUGCUCAAACUGACAAACGUCUUUGCAUUAAUGUUUCUUAUACUAGUUGUGUUACCGUAGAUAAUACUUGAUAUAAUUUUGGAUUCAAAAACACCCAUUGAAGUCGAUGGAAGUCUUUUAACUGACAAAAUGGGAUCUGCAUCAAAGUCUGUGAGAAUAAAGGAGUGGCAAAAAGAAAAAGAAAUGAAUAGUUGUAAUGGGCAGGAAAAGAAAACACUGUGGAAUAUUCUUGGUGCUGGUCAAUAAGCAACCUGCAACGCAUGCUUAUUCCAACCAGAAGAGAGAACAAAAGAGAUGAAAGGAGAUGUAACUGGGUGUCAAAGCUGAAGCCUUGCAGUGACAGGGACUGAUGCUCUGGCUGCCCCUGGGCAGCAGCUCUUAGAAAUGAGGGUGGUGGUGCACUCCAUUGAAUGUGAUGCCAAGCCACGGUCAUCCUUGUGCUCUAUGUAAAUUGCCCAAAACUCUACAUCUGAAAAUGUGCUUUCACACAUUGCUUCUAGUUGCAUUUAUUUUAUUUGACAGACUUCUCAGCUGCAGAACUGGUGUUCACAUCUCUAUUUCACAUGUAUUUGUCUUUUUUUUGACUAAACACGGUAACUAACUGCUGCAGUUAGUAAUUCUUAGCUGUAAUUUUGAUAACUCUGAAGCAGAGCUGUUAUUCUUAAUGGAAAAUAUAAUUUUAUUUUUGUCAGUUUAACUGUAAACGGAUCAGGCUGAUGAUCUUGUAAUAACGUUUUGUAGAUUGCAUAUUGAUUAAAAAAAUAAAGUUGUAUUUCAAA